AUGGCUCGCGGCGAUGCUUCCCAGACCAAGGUCCACUACAAGGGCAAGGCCGAGGACUUCGUUGUCUUCGUCGACAGCUCUGAGGCCGUUCAGAACUGGAAGCAGGACUCCAGCAUUCCCCUCGCACAGGUCGUCAGUGGCUUUAAGGUCUUUGUUACUGACAACCAUGGCACCCAGGGUAUUUUCAACACAGCAAGCAAGGGCACACUCGAGAACGAGUUCGGCACCUCAAAUGAGGAUGAGAUCCUGAAGCAGAUCCUCCAGAAGGGUGACGUUCAGACGACACAGAACUCCGAACGCCAGGGUGAUACCAACGAUUCCAAGGGUGCUAUGGCUGCUCAUUAA